AUGUCUUCGGCACGAGGUUUCAACAUCAACAAUAUUUCGCGGGAGAGGAUUCGCCGACAUCUUGCGAAAAGGCAGGCACAGGAACCUGACGAGGGUGGUAGCUCUACCAAUGAUGGUGCUUCAGCCCGUCAACUUUUACCAACGGCGAGCUCAAGUGAUGGUAUUAUUGCCAGCGGCAGCGGAAACACUGCCCAACCGUUGGUGAAGUUGCCAACUCCCCCUAUGGGCACCGUCAAUUAUCCAGUCUUACCCCGGCAGACCUUAACCAACUUCAGAGGCAACGUUCAGAUCAACAAUCAUACCAGCAAUACCAGCAACAACAAUCUGUAUUUUGGUAGCGGUAGUCAAGCAACGAUACGUGAGGGAACUACCCAGAUGAGCCAAGGUGCCAAAGUCGUGCGUCUGACGACAACCUGGUCUCGUUGUCUCCAAGUGCUGGAGCCGCCGGAGGAAAAGACUCAAGUCUGGCACUGGGCCUGGUACUGGGGCUGGUCAGGGCUUACCAAGGCCUUCAGCUUGAUGUGGACCGUCUGGAUAAUAUUUCUCGCUCCCGCCGCCAAUGUCGUAGCGGGUUGUCUAUGGCAACCCGUCCAGUCUGCGGUCACCAUGGCUCUUGGUCUUGCAGUGGUCAUGUCUCUCGUCUACUUUGCCUGGCAGUGGUUCUCGCUUGGCGCCAUGAUUGGCUUCGCCACGCAGAGCUUCACUACAGUCUCAUGCCUCUACACGGGAGCGGGAGCAUGUACCGGCGGAUGGGUCCAACAACACUCUUCUUCCCCUUUGGGGACGGGCAGCAACUCGUUUGGGGGGGGCGUCGGUGUUGGCGGCGGCGACGACGACGUCAUACUGGCGCAACUGGAAGACACCAUGCACAAGCACAAGCCCGUUUUUCAGCAAACCGACGUCUCCAGGGCCGUUCUGUGGGAUAUUGUCGUGACGCACGCCUGGCUCGAAGAGCGCUUUGGGAUGAGUUCUCGCGUGUGUCUCGUUUCGUCCACAACGGACGUUAACCACACUGGUCUGGUAAAGCCAUCUGCAGAAUCGGCUGAAUCAGUUUUCCACAGUUUUGCUGCCUUGGAAAGUGCCGUUGACGAGCAAUGGCCCAGGGCCGUGUCCUCACUCCUACACUCCGCCGUGGCAAACAGCCGCUGGAUCCGAGACAAUCCGACCCGCGUAUUUGUGAAGAAAAGUUGGUUGGCUCGCACGUGGUGGCGGUGGUUUCAAUGGGGAAAUGAAGGUGAUGCCAUACAGCACUCUCCGGCGGCAUACCGAGAAGCAAACAGACGCAUCCAGGAGGCGGUGGAUACCGUUGCACAGGCGCUCCAAGACGUGGCAACGGUUGUGCUUUCGAUGGACAGGGGUGGUCAAGAGGAGACUAACACAUCAAUAUCUUAUGCACAGCUGGUCAGGAAGACAUGCGGAUGGUCUUCCGAGUUGCGGCACUGGAAGCAGGAGUUCCCUGAGUAUGCUCUCUUGAUCGGGGGGAAACCAACAGACACGGGCGAGGGGGGAGGCGAGCAACCAGAAUGUAACGAAUCCAACAAAGCCAUGAUACCGCAUGCUUCCAAGGUGAACAGCAUGCUGCAAAGCUCCGCCAACGAGGCCGACUUUCUUUGCCAUCGUGUCAAGCAUAUAACGCAGGGCCGGGUAGAUCAACGGAGGAAUGGUCUUCGACAAUACACAGACGAACUCAAACGGCUGAUGGACCACACCACACGGGCCAAGAAGCUGGCAGACUCUGUUGAGGAAUCUGCCGAUAUCAUUGCGGAUCAAAUCGACAACAAGCUUCUUUCGUUGUACAAGCGUUUGCCCGAACUGGUUCACGCUACGUUCAACAUUGAAGAUACCACCAGCAGCGGCGGCAGGGGGGGGAGACAUUGA